CAAAACGUCUUUGCAUUUUUUUUUUCCUUAUUUUAUUCUUAAAUUUAUUAUGAUACAAACCAUGACAUUUUUUAGUAGAAAAUGUUUGAGACUCCAAAAUUUUUUCAUAAUUUGAUUCAAAAUGAUGUAGUAUGAUACGUGUCCACUUUUGAUUAAUUAUCCAUUCAAUAAUAUAAAACUCAACUCUCUUAUCAUAUCAUUGUAGAUUUAAAAUUAUAAAUUUCUAACAUUUCUCACUUUGAAACUAAUGAUUUUAAAAAAAUGCAUGACAAUCUAUAUCACUCAAUAUUCUCGAUACAGUUAUGUCUUGCUACCUUUGUUUAAAAAUGGUACAAACUAUACAAGCUUUCCUAGCAUCCCACGGAGAUUUCAUCCUGUUUGUUUUCGUUCACUUCGUUUAUGUUGUAUUUGGUUAGGAAAUUUGGAAGAGAUUUGGAAAGGAAAAGAAAAAUAUGUGAAACUAAGUGAAAUAUAAGUAUAUUUUAUUCACAUUUGAUCUAUAUGUUCUAUUUUUCUUUCCAAAUCUCUUCUUAAAUUUAUCAACCAAACACAGUGUUAGUGUUGUUUAAUACAACCACAAUGUUCUCUCUAAUAAACACCGUAACAUGUCGGCAAUUUUUUACAUCAAAAUGGUUUGUAACUUUUCUUGCUACAAAUCUGGACUUUUGGCUUAGAGAUUGUGGUAUAAGAUUGUUGGUUCAACUCGAGAAGUUUGAUACUUUUUUUUUUUUUUCCGUCUCUUCUGAUGGUUGUAUUGAGUGAUUGUUAGGCUUGAUGGACUUGGUGGAUAAGUUGUAGUGGUUAUUGGGUUGGACUUGUAGAUAUGUCUUGUUGGAUAGUUUGAUGUAAUUAUAUUAUUCUCUCAAUUUGUAAUUAAUUUUCUAUCAAUUGACAAAAAAAAAAUUAAAUAAAAAUAAACAUUUCUCACCACGAAUAGUUUGUAACGUUUUUAUGAUACCGUUCAUAAACAUAAUGGCAUAACUAAGCAUCACAAAAUGACCCAAAAAAAUUUAUGAUAUACCUUUUUUAAAAGUAUACAUGAUAAAUUUUUCUAAUGAAAACAAUUUUAUUUCUUACAACGUCCAUAUUUAAAUGUAGUACAUAGAGUAAAAUUAGGUGAAAUUUGGGUUGUCACAGAGUGAAAUUGAAAGGAAAAUUUGCGUUCUAAUCAGAAUAACUCAAAAUAAUUUUAUUUCUAUGAAGGUGCAAAUGAGAAUUGAAUCUUAUGCCCCUAUCGGAAAUAAGAUUGUUUACGAAUUAUAAAAAUUAUAAAAAAAUUAAUCCCAAGGGUUUGGCCUAUUAGACGAGAACUGGGACUUGGGGAUUUGCUCCCUUCAAGAUUUCAUGUUCAACUCCCUUCACUCCCAAAACUCUUGGGGCCACAGACCGUAGGGAAUAAAUUGAUUUCGAAAGACUUGUUCGAACUGUAAAAUCAAAUGUAUUAGAAAUUCAAAGUUUUAGAUAAGAGUAUUGGGAGACGUAUUGAUAUCAGUCGCAACAUAAUGGUAUAGUGAAAUUUUUAGCUAUAAAAAAAGAUUUAUAACAGUCGAACAAGCUAUAUCGGUUGUGAUAAACCAAUCGAUAUACAUGUAAUGUUAAUUUCAAUCGGUAUAUUACAUUGUGUUAGUGUUAGAAGGAAAAAAUCCAAUACAUAUCAGCCAAUACAAUGUUAAUUUCAAUCGGUAUAUCAGGUUGUGUUAGUGUUAGAAGGAAAAAACCCAAUAGGUAUUAACCAACACAGUAAUUAUCAACCGAUAUUUAAAAUCAUAAAUCCUAUAUUUAAACCUAAUUUUAUCUAUCGUAGUCAAAUUGAAAUCCAAAAAAAACACAAAAAGAAAAUCACAAAAAGUAAGCAUCAAUCUAAGAAAAUUACAACCUUUACUUGAUGGUUCAAUCAAUUGUCUCAUCAAAUGAAACUGGAAACCCUAGUUUUAAUCCAUGCUAUAGUAUCAUGAUAAAAAAAGUGAACUUCUUACCUUCAGUUAAAAAAUGGCACUUCUAUUAUAGUUGAAAUCUCAUUCUCACUAUCUCACUCUUACUAAAUGGUAUCAGGUGGCAACCAGAAUUCCCCCAAACACUUCAGUAGGAUCAUGCAUAACUUUAAUAACAAUAUCUGGAUAUAUAAGGGCUCUUUACAACCAUACCCUCAGUUGAGGAUAUAUUAAAAAAGUCCCAAUGAAGUGUUCCGGGGAACUCUAGGGGACAACUGACCUUCCUUCACCUUCUUCUGCUUCCAUGGUAACAUAAUGCACAUCUCACUGGCAAUUUAUAGUGAAGUUUCCAACUUUGUUCACUCCAAUGAAGAGAUGAAUGUUAGCUAAGUAAAUGUUGAGGCUUGAACCUGGUCGGAAUUGUGUAUCAAGUGAAGGGUAGAGAAUAAUAUUGAGAAAAUAGAGGAGAAGAAGAGCCAAAACAAGGGAGAAGAGGAGUCUAGACUGAACAGCCCCUUUUGCAUGCUCUCGAAGCUUCACUUUCCAAGGCCUCCCUGCCAGGCCCUACUCUCUGCUCUGCCGAUCAAUCCAAGGUGUUUUCUGUUGGUUUCAAUCGCAAUCUGAAUUCACCAAAGUUUCAGUCAAGCAUUUUUGGCACUGUUGUUCCUGGCAAGUCAUCUCCUGUACAGAUAAUGUGGUGCUAGGAGUAUGCGGCCUAUCAAAGCCAUUGCUACUGAAAUGCCUGCUACCGCUCAGAAAUCACGAAGUGGUGAGAAGACAAAGGUCGGGAUCAAUGGUCUUUUAACUUCUGAGGCUAGUACUGCUUCACAGGCUUCAAAUACUUUAAAAGAGUUGAUUAAUUUCCAUAUCAGAAGAAAUUGUUUGACUAUCGAUAAUGAGUCAGUUGAUGAUGAAGUUAAGCAUAGCAUGGAAUCAAGUUCAGUAAAAUCCACAUGUGCUAUCUUUCAAAAUGUGCUCAGCAGCUGUGUUGGAGUUCCGAAUGAGCAAAGUUUGGCAGUCAUAUCUGCAUUGUUCCGCAAACUUGGUGUAGCGAUCUUGAUUUUGACCCGGUCAACUUACGAGGGUCGAGCUCGAGCGGACCAUGUUAUAUCAGUCCGUAAGAGGAGAUUUCAGAUCACUUUUUCAGUUCUCUCUCUCUCUAAAACUCUCCAAAAUUUUCAGAUCUAGAGCUUCUCUCUCUAGAAGUCAUCUUCUCUCUUUGAUUCCUCUAAAUCCAUUGGGAGUUAGACCGAAGUUCUUCAUCAAAGUUGUGUAACUUCUCGAGGGCUUCGUUGUAUACGGUGAAGAUCGAGUUUCGACACCGUUGAUUUUGGGGGUUUCAUCUCAUUUCUUCUUCAAAACUUGA